AUGUUCUCGCAUUUAGGAUUAUUGUCAUCAUCUCAUUGCCCCGACGCAACCUGCAAAAGACCAAGAUGUUUCUUCUCUCACGCUGAAGCUUCGUCAUCAAGAAUAACUCUUCCACCGAAAGUGGAAAUACCUUCAUCCGUACGACAGCCUGUCAGACAGAAGUCCGAUGUCGAAGAGGAAGAGAGGAUUAGAGGAGUAGUGAGAAGGGUGACUUUAAACGAGUUGAAGAAAGUCAGAACGGUUGGAUCUCCGUUGAAAGGAGUGUCCAAGUCAGUCGAAGCAUCGACAACACCAAACCCGGUUCAUACGGGUAUCACAUCAACAGCUACCCCGGGUAGAUCAGCGAUGACUGCAACUAGGCCGAAUCCUACCACUACUUCAUCAUCCGUAGUCAAUACGUCCCGCCCACCAAUUUUACCAAUUGCGUUGAAACCUUCUCCACAUCCUCGGGCAGAUCGACAAAAAGGAUUGAAUACCUUGUAUGCGCAAUAUGCGAAACUUUACUCUGCUGUUUUGCAUAUCUCGCCUGAUAUCGCUCACAACUCGGCCUUUGCCCAAGAAGCGGAAGUAGCUGCAUCAUCCUCGAACGUUCGAAUAUAUAAAACAGCCAUUCAUCAAGCUGCAGUAUCAGUCUCACGUCGACCACCGCCUGAUAAGUUGGAUCACCCUUCGAUUGGAACGGUCAAAGAGUCUCGUGCAAAUUUUGAAGUUCAGGAGAAAGCACAAGCAUCAAGACUACAUAGGGCUAGAAUAGAAAGAUAUUGUUUGCCACUUGCAGAUUUCGACAUAUGGAGAUAUCCCAACCCAAACGACGAAAACCUGUUCAAUCCGGAGUUGACGGGCACGGAACCCAAUGCUGAAGGCACAGAGAAUAUGUGCUCAAGAUGCAAAGUGCCUUUCAUUGUGUCCUCGAAAGAUCUGGAAAAGAGACAUGGCGAAUGUAGAUUUCACUACGGACGUCCAGUACCUGAGAGGAUAGAAGGAAGGAGAAAAUGGAUAUACACAUGUUGCGGAAGGGAAAGAGGUGAAGCUGGCUGUGAAGACGGUAUUCACGUCUUUACUGAUGGAGAUGACGAUGUAAAACUAGCUAAGAGAGUAGCAUAUAAAACGGUUAAUCAGGUCGUUGGGGAUGAAGGUGGAUUAGGCAAAUGGAACGAAGUUGUCGCUAUGGAUUGUGAGAUGAUAUUCACAACGGCUGGAGUCUCGCUCGGAAGAGUGACUAUCGUAGACGAGAAUGGAGAGAUACUUCUUGAUGAGUUAGUGCGACAGACAGUACCAGUCUUGGAUGUGAACACUCGAUUCUCCGGUAUCACUACCGAACAACUAGAAACGGCAGUGAUGGAUCUACCUUCGGUCAGAGCGGCGGCAUGUAUGUUCAUUGGUGCAGAAACUAUCUUAGUAGGACAUGGACUCGAAAACGAUCUCAGAGCUCUGAGGUUACUGCAUACCAAAGUUAUCGAUACGGCCGUGGUGUUCCCUCAUGAUAAAGGACCGCCUUUCAGACGUGCUCUAAGGGAUAUAGUCAAAGAGAAAUUGGGUUAUUUCAUUCAGGAUAGAACGUCCGAUCUCGGUCAUUCGUCAGCUGUAGAUGCCAAAAGUACAUUGGAGGCACUGAAAUGGAAGGUCAGGGAUGAUAAUGAUGCAUGA